UUAAGCUGUAGAUUUCAACAUUAAUUUUGUUCGUAAUGAGAUUCUACUUUGAUAUAGAGAACACAAAAAGUAAACGUAUCAUUUGGAAUAUUUAUAAAAUUUCAUAAUUAUUUAUAAUAUCCAGACAUUAUUACUGUAAAUUGUUUACUGGAUAACCGAUUGUGAACUGUUAGAUUUACAUAGUCAUGUGGCCGGAUGUUGCUACAAGAUUAUUUGCGGAAAUACAGCCUCAGUAUUAUAACUAGAUUUUCUAUGAUAAUACAUCGAGAUAGUGAUACGAAUAUUUCUUAGAAAGAAUUGAUAAACUACAAUAUAAUCCUGCCGUAAUGGCAGAGGAAAGCGAACCUCAGCCGAAAAAGAUUAAAGUGACUGCAGUCGGCGAUAGCGGGGUUGGCAAAACUUGCUUGUUGAUGACCUAUGCUACAAAUGCGUUUCCGGAGGGAGAUGUUCCUGAACUGUAUGAACAUAUGACUAUAAGAGCUGGAAACAGUAACUCUUUUGAAGUGCCAGUGGUUGUUGAUGUAGAUGAAGAGCAAUAUAAACUUGGUCUUACGGAUACAGUUGGUCUGGACGAGUACAGACGGAUGAGAGAGUUAUUUACUGUAGGGACUAAUGUAUUCAUGGUGUGCUUUAGUGUGACGGACCCAUUAAGUCUAGAAAAUGUCAAGAAAAACUGGCUCACUGAAAUACGAAUUUUAUCUCCUAAAGCCUCAUUCAUUCUUGUUGGAACUAAAACAGAUUUACGGGAGGACCAAUCGAUAAUAGAUGAGCUUCAGUCAAGAAAUGAAAAGGCUAUUUCGAUUCAGGACGGUAUUAAAACUGCAAAGGCUGUUGGUGCAAAGACAUACGUUGAGUGUUCGGCUGUUAAUAGUAUUGGUUUAAAGGAAGUUUUUGAGACUGUGGUGAAAGUAGCAACGGAUAAAUUAAACCCCAAAACUACAAAUGGUAGCAAGAAACCAAGUAGUCCGUGUGUCAUAUCAUAGGUUAUCAAAAGUUCACUAUUAGCAAUGGGCUUCUUUAUGUAUAUAUUGUAGAUGUUCAUCAUAGUAUGAGGUUGGGAAAUGUGCAAUUGAGAAAGUGUAGUUAUAAAAAGAUUGUGUGCAUAAUGUAAAUAGCAAUUAUAUGUGUGUUGCAUAUUAGGAUAAAUAGUGAUAGUGCGGUUCCUUUAAGAUUUCAGCAACUCCACAAAAAGUCAUAAAGCUUGCAUGCAAGAUCAUACUUUUGCCGAAUACUACUAAUUAAAUCUUAUUUAAAAUUAAA